ACAGGACACCUCACGGACUGGAGGACGUGUCAAUGUAUCCGGAAUUGUUUGCUGAGUUGCUGCGCACGGGCCAUUGGACUGUGGAAGAUCUCAAGAAGGUGGCAGGGCUCAACCUGUUGCGCGUCUUCAAGAAAGUGGAGAAGGUGUCGUCGGGGUGCCGCCGGGGCGACGUUAGUGUGUCAGGCGACGUCAUCUCGUCGUCCGAGCUGCGUGACGUCCUCGAGGCGUCAUCCACGGGUCGUCGAGGUGGCGUCGGGACAUGGUCGGAGCGUCAUCAGGUUGUAGGCACGGCGUCAUCAGGGCGUCGCCCGGGUGUUGCGAGGCGCCCUAAAGGUGCUGUCAGCAAGCCGCCGUCGGUGUGA